GAAUGUGUCUGCACUGUCAGGUCAAGGGGAAUGCAUGCUUAGAGCACAUCAGCCGCACGUUACGUUGGACUGUGCAAAUAGUCUAUUGCAUUUUCGGAUACGGAACCGUACGUAAUGAGUGGCGGUCGGGCCAGAAUUCGAUCCCAAGAAGGAAGCUACCCGUGCUGGUAAAGUUGAAGGUUGGGCGUGAAGACGGAAGGCAGUAGUUGGAAGCCUAGGACAGAAAAUAUAAAGAGAAGGCCACAGCUGCUAACAAAACAGCAUUAAGCUCACAUCAGCACGAAGAAAAACAACAGUUCCGCUUGGAAUUCUUGUAGGCCAACGAAGAAACAUCAAAAUGUCUUCCACGGACCAAACCAUCGUUCUCAUCACCGGCGCCAACGGUGGUAUUGGCCUCUCCCUCGCUACCCAACUCCUCGACGACGCCAAAUACCACAUCGUCCUUGGCAGCCGCUCCGCAGAAAAGGGUGAAGCCGCCGUUCAGCAACUUCAGGAGAAAGGAUUGCCUGGAAAGGUGGAGUUGUUGCAGAUUGAUGUGAGUGACGAGGCUAGUAUCGAGAAGGCGAAGAAUGUGGUGGAGGGGAGGUAUGGUCGCAUCGACGCCCUCGUAAACAACGCGGCCAUAACCGGCGAAGAACCCGCCUCCUCCUCGCUCUCCACACGCAUGACAUCCGCGUUCCUAACCAACACCACCGGUCCCGCUGUCAUCGUAGAAACCUUCGCUCCUCUUCUCGCGAAAAGCGCGCAGAUGGGGAAGACGCCCCGGAUUAUUAAUGUGACGAGUGGAGCCGGGAGUAUUGGGUUGAGGAGCGAUAGGGGAAAUCCGCAUCAGGCUAUGAAAGUCUUACCAUACCGCACUUCCAAAGCGGCGCUGAAUAUGCUUACUGCGUGUCAGGACUACGAAUACGGACCUAAGGGGUGGAAGGUGUUUUGCUUCUGCCCGGGGUUCACGGAGAGUAACUUGGGGCCUAGGAACAAAGCGGAGCAUGGGGCCAAGCCUACUAGUGAGGGUGCGAGGCCAAUGGUUGCUAUCUUGGAGGGGAAGAGGGAUGGGGAGUGUGGGGGGUUCUUGAAGGCUGAGGGGGGUUGGCCUUGGUAG